AUGGCGACUAGUCGACCACUCGUUGAGAUGCCUCCAGGCAAGGAGGUGGUGAGCGUGAAAAUGAUCAAUCCCGUCAACUUCGGGCCAGCUAUAAUCAAGCGGUUUAUGGAACCUCCUCAUCCAUCAGGUCAAAAGCUGGUAUUCGACCUCGGAAUUCGAAAAGAUUAUCAGAACUAUGCUCCCAUAGUGGCGGAUUAUAUACCCACUACGAAUUACGACAUCCAAGUAUCAAAGAAUGUGGUCGACAUUUUGGAAGAUAACGGCAUCGCUGGGAAGAGCAUUGACGCGGUUAUAUGGAGCCACUGGCAUUGGGACCAUAUAGGAGACCCAUCAAGCUUUCCUGGCAGCACAGAUUUGAUCGUGGGGCAAGGAUUCUCGGAUGCCAUGUUGCCUGGUUAUCCUGCCAAUCCUAAGUCCCCUAUCCGCGAGAGCGAUUAUACAGGUCGAACCCUGCGAGAGAUUCGAUUUGAUGGGCCUGAUGCCCUGCACAUUGGGAAAUUUCCUGCGGUCGAUUACUUCGGCGAUGGAUCAUUCUAUCUCUUAGACAGUCCGGGACAUGCAGUCGGUCAUUUGUGCGGUCUGGCACGAACGACUCUAGAUCCUCCUACUUUCAUUCUUAUGGGUGGAGACAUCUGCCAUUAUGCAGGUCUUUUUCGUCCGUCGAAAUAUCUUCCUGUGCCCCCGUCAAUUUCGCCACAUCCGUAUCAUCCAGAAAGUGAUGUAUCCUUUUGCCCCGGCAGUGUCUUUGAUGAAUUGCAGCAGACUAGAGGAAGAAAGCCCACUGACACGGUGUACGAGAUGUGUUUCGGUCAUGAUAUCCCCCUAGCACAACAAACUCGUGACCAAUUGCAAGAACUGGACUGCGAUGAGAACGUAUUUGUUAUUAUCGCGCAUGAUGCGACUGUCAGGGACGGUGUGGAUCACUUUCCAUUGACUCUGAAUACUUGGAAGGAGAAAGGAUGGGGCCAGAACGUCAGGUGGACUUGGUUUCGGGAUCUCGAACCAUUUUGGAAGUCGAAAGGCUUAUAA